AUGGGACAAGCAGUUUCUAGAACGGAUUUUGAAUGGGUUUACACCGAAGAACCUCAUGCCAGUCGACGAAAAUUAAUAUUGGAAAAAUAUCCGCAGAUAAAAAAACUGUUUGGAUACGACCCGAAUUUCAAAUGGGUGGUGACAUUUAUGGUGUUGAUACAAUUUGCUUCAAUGUUUAUUGUAAAAGAUUUAAGCUAUCCAAUGUUAUUCCUGAUGGCUUAUUGCUUUGGAGGUGUUAUUAACCACUCUCUUAUGUUAGCUGUUCAUGAAAUAUCACACAACCUAGCGUUUGGACACUCAAGGCCGAUGGCUAAUAAAUUGUUUGGAUUUUUUGCUAACCUGCCAAUUGGAUUGCCAAUAUCUAUUAGUUUUAAAAAAUACCAUUUAGAGCAUCAUCGUUACCAAGGCGAUGAAUAUUUAGAUACUGACUUGCCGACACUACUUGAAGCUAAACUAUUUUGUACAACAUUUGGUAAAUUUUGCUGGGUAUUACUGCAGCCAUUUUUCUACUCAUUCAGACCAUUGAUCGUUUAUCCAAAGCCUCCGACAUUUUUGGAGUACGUGAAUUUAGUAAUACAAUUAAUUUUCGAUGCCAUUGUUUGGUAUUUUUUGGGUGGAAAAGUAUUGGUGUAUUUGAUAAUGGGUGGAGUGAUGGCAAUGGGGCUACACCCAGUAGCUGGACACUUUAUUUCAGAGCAUUACAUGUACAAAAAAGGGUAUGAGACGUACAGUUACUACGGACCGUUAAAUCUGAUUACGUUUAACGUUGGUUAUCAUAAUGAGCACCACGACUUCCCGGCUGUUCCUGGGUCGCGUUUGCCGGAGGUAAGGAGAAUAGCCUCUGAAUUCUACGAUAACUUACCUCAUCACAACUCCUGGACAGCGGUGAUCUACGACUUCAUAAUGGACCCAGAGAUCGGGCCGUACGCACGAAUAAAACGCAAGCACAGAGGCUUAGAUUCGUGA